AUGGAUAGUUGCAAGGCAAUGUCUACUUCGAUGGGAUCCAUAUCUUAUGUUAAUCAAGAUGAAUCAGGUGUUUCAAUUGAUAUAACAAAGUAUCGAGGUAUGAUUGGUUCCUUACUUUAUUUGAAGGCAAGUCGUCCUGAUAUUAUGUUCAGUGUGUGUCUCUGUGCUCGUUUUCAAGCCAAUCCAAAAGAAUCACAUCUCACGGCUGUUAAGAGGAUCAUGAAGUAUCUCAAGGGAACAACAAAUGUUGGCUUAUGGUAUCCUAAAGGAAGUAAAGCUGAUCAAAAAAGUACCAGUGGUACAUGUCACAUCCUUGGAAAUGCAUUAGUAUCUUUGGCUUGCAAGAAACAAGCGUGUGUUCCUCUUAACACUGCCGAAGCGGAAUACAUAGCAGCAUGCAGCUGUUGUGCUCAAAUACUUUGGCUUAAGCAACAACUUCGUGACUACGGACUUGAUCUUGGAUGCAUUCCUCUUCGUUGUGGCAACACAACUUUUUUCACUGAGUAA